AUGUACAUUUCAUCAUCCCUUGCCCUUCUCGCAGCAACUGCCCUUCAGCUGGCCCAGCCCGUGGCAGCCAACUAUGAAAGUGGCAAGGCCGUGCAAAUCAACUUCUACUCCAACUCCGGUUGCUCAGCUUACAUCGGCGAGACUGCAGCGUGGUGGACCCGUUCGCCGCGUGCCGGUGAAUAUGUAUCUGGCGGAACCGGAGGCGACUGCUUCUCACUCAACAUGCCGGGCAACAGCCAGAGCUUGAACCUUGCCAGCGUCUGGAAGGGUAACGGGGCCAAGACAUCAGGUACCUGCCAGCUUUACGACGGAUACAACUGUGGAGGCACCGCUGGUUCCGGAGGGUACUCUGGGGGCUCAGGAAACUGCGUGCCGGCGAGGAGCUCAAAGGGGCUGUUGUGGAAGAGUGCUCGCUGUGGCGCAGCGCCCAAGUAA